AUGCCCUCUCCUGUUUGCAUCGUCACGAGUCAUGCGAGAUUCCUCAGCGGGGAAGGCUCACGGAAAAAGGGGAAGGCGUCGGAGCACAAGGACCAGCUGUCGCGGCUGAAGCAGAGGGAUCCCGAGUUUUAUAAGUUUUUGGAAGAGAAUGACCGCACGCUGCUGAAUUUUGACGCUUCGGACAGCUCUGAGGAGGAGGAGGAGGAUGAGGGGGUGCACGUGCCGCCCGACACGCUGGAGGAAGCGAGCGAUGAAGAAGAGGAAGAACGGGAGACGGUCAAAAAGAAGAAAGUUGAUUUCAUCCCUGUGAGCUUGAAAAUGGUUGAAAAUUGGAAAAAAGCUGCAGAGAAGCAAUUAACACCAAAACUUUUCCAUGAAAUCACUCAAGCCUUUAAAGCAGCUGUAGCAACCACUAAAGGUGACCAUGGUGGGGCUGAUCCCAGCAAAUUCCAAGUUUCCGAUGCUGCAGUGUUCAAUGCUCUGGUGUCAUUCUGCAUCCGGGACCUAUUCAGCUGCCUACAGAAACUUCUUCUUUUGAAAACUCCAAAAAGCAAACUAAAAAUGGUCCUCCCUUCUACCAGCCCACUUUGGAGCAAGCUGCGACUGGAUAUAAAGGCCUACCUGAGCUGUACCAUCCAACUCCUGUCCUGUUUAACAGAAGCCUCUGUCGGAGCAGCAGUCCUUCAGCAUGUUAACUCCACAGUUCCCUACUAUUUGUCCUUUCCAAAGCAGUGCCGUGUACUUCUCAAGCAAACAAUUCAUCUGUGGAGCACAGGUGAGGAGACAGUCAGAGUAUUGGCCUUCCUGGUGCUGAACAAGAUCUGCCGCUACAAGAAAGAGAUGUACCUAAGUCCUUUGCUCAAGCAAAUGUACAUUGCCUUUGUGAAGAACUCCAGAUUCACGUCCCCCAACGUCCUGCCCAUGAUCAACUUCAUGCAGCGCACGCUGACGGAGCUGUAUGCCCUGGAUACACACACCUCCUACCAGCACGCCUUCAUCUACAUCCGUCAGCUUGCCAUUCACCUGCGUAGUGCCAUGACCAUAAAGAAGAAGGAGAAUUUCCAGUCUGUUUAUAACUGGCAAUAUAUUCACUGCCUCUAUUUCUGGUGUCGAGUUCUCAGCACAAUCUAUCCCAGCGAAGUCAUGGAGCCCCUGAUUUAUCCUUUGACUCAGGUCAUCAUUGGCUGUAUAAAGCUGGUCCCCACGACUCGUUUCUACCCGCUGCGCAUGCACUGUGUCCGGGCGCUCACGCUGCUCUCUGAAAGCACCCGGACCUUCAUCCCGGUCUUGCCCUUCAUCCUGGAGAUUUUCCAGCAAGUGGAUUUCAACAAGAAGCCAGGACGUAUGAGCUCUAAGCCCAUAAACUUUGCAGUGAUCUUGAAGCUCUCUAAUGCCAACCUGCAGGAGAAAGCCUUCCGAGAUGGGCUCAUUGAGCAGCUCUACGACCUGAUACUGGAAUAUGUCCAUUGCCAGGCCUGCAGCAUUGGCUUCCCAGAGCUGGUUCUCCCCACUGUCAUUCAGCUCAAAUCUUUCCUGAAGGAAUGCAAGAUUGCCAACUACUGCAAGCCCAUGCGGCAGCUCCUGGAGAAACUGCAGGAAAAUUCUGCCUACGUCUCCAGCAAGCGUCAAAAAGCCACGUUUGGUGUGGCCAGCAGGGAGGCUGUGGAGCAGUGGGAGAAGCAGCUCAAAGAGGAGGGGACCCCUCUGACCAAGUAUUACACUCAGUGGAAGAAGCUAAGGGAGAAGGAGAUCCAGCUGGAAAUCAGUGGCAAAGAAAGACUUGAAGACUUGAACUUCCCAGAAAUUAAACGUAAGAGGCACGACGAAAGGAAGGAGGAAGAUAAGAAGGAAUUCAAGGACCUCUUUGAGCUGGAGACUGACUCUGAAGAGGAAAGUGUUGGAUUCCCUGUGAAAGGUAAAGCCAAGGCCAAGAAGGCAGCAGGAGCAAAGGUGAAUCCAGCUGACAGCUCCGAGGCCAGCAGUGAGGAGGACUACGGCGAGGACGACGAGGAGGAUGAAGAGGGAGAGUACGAAGUUGAGGAGGACGAGGAAGACCUGGAAGGCGACAGUGACUCAGCUGAGGAGGAGGCCUCGCGGGGUCCCCGUGGGCCACAGAAGCCCAGGAUGUCACGAGCCGACCUCGAGCAGCUGGCGCAAGGAGCCGAGGACACCGUGGAGGACUUGGCUUUCUCUGAUGAAGACUGAGAGCCUUCGCAGCCACCCCGCUAAGCAU